UUCCAAAGAAACGUACAUCACCUUAAAAACACCUCACUCCUUCAAAAAAAGAAAAUACACCCCGCCUGGUCUCUCUCUACCCAUAAAUCUUGUCCUUGCUCUGUUGAACGUCUUUCUCCAUUGACAUCCCUGAUUAAUUGAUACAGGUUGCAGAGUUUUGCAUGCGAUCAUCACAAUGAAGGCCUGGAAAAUCUUAUCGCUGUGCCUUUGUUUGAGUUUAGUCUUGAACGUUGUGAUUGCUGUGGGCCCGCCAACUUGUCCUGCAGAUGUUGGUAGUGGGUGUGCUAGUGAUUCAGAUGAAUGGCAAGGAGAAUUCUUUCCAGGCAUUCCUAAGAUUAAAUAUGAGGGUCCUAAGAGCAAGAACCCACUUGCAUACAAAUGGUACAAUGCAGAUGAGGAGAUUCUUGGAAAAAAGAUGAAGGAUUGGAUGAGAUUCAGUGUUGCAUUUUGGCAUACAUUUCGUGGGACUGGAGCUGACCCAUUUGGUGCACCUACAAAACUUUGGCCGUGGGAGGACGGUACCAAUUCCUUGGCCAUGGCUAAGAGAAGAAUGAGAGCAAACUUUGAGUUCUUGGAAAAGCUUGGACUUGAUCGAUGGUGUUUUCAUGAUAGGGACAUUGCUCCGGAUGGUAAAACAAUUGAGGAAACCAAUGCCAACUUGGAUGAAGUGGUAGCUCUUGCAAAAGAGCUUCAGGGGACGAAGAUUCGUCCUUUGUGGGGCACAGCCCAGUUGUUUCUGCAUCCUCGCUUCAUGCAUGGUGCUGCUACCAGCUCUGAAUUAGGUGUAUAUGCCUAUUCUGCAGCACAAGUUAAGAAAGCCAUCGAGGUCACUCAUUAUCUUGGUGGGGAAAAUUAUGUUUUUUGGGGUGGUAGAGAGGGCUAUCAAACCCUUGUGAACACUGAUAUGGAAAGAGAGCUGAAUCAUUUGGCAAGGUUUCUUGAAGCUGCUGUUGCCUACAAGAAGAAGAUUGGUUUCAAUGGGACCUUUCUCAUUGAGCCUAAGCCUCAAGAGCCUACAAAACACCAGUACGAUUGGGAUGCUGCAACAUCAGCUAAUUUCUUGCGCAAAUAUGGCCUCAUAGAUGAAUUCAAACUGAACAUUGAAUGCAACCAUGCCACUCUAUCUGGUCACAGCUGUCAUCAUGAACUUGAAACUGCUAGAAUAAAUGGUUUGCUGGGAAAUAUUGAUGCAAACAGUGGUGACCCUCAAACUGGUUGGGACACAGAUCAAUUUCUAAUGGAUAUCCAGGAAGCAACCUUGGUUAUGCUCAGUGUUAUUAGAAAUGGAGGAUUAGCACCAGGAGGGUUCAAUUUUGAUGCCAAAUUGCGAAGGGAGAGCACAGAUGUUGAGGAUUUGUUCAUUGGCCACAUUGCUGGAAUGGAUACUCUUGCACGUGGUCUUCGAAAUGCUGCAAAGCUGAUUGAGGAUGGCUCUUUGGAUGAAAUUAUUCGCAAGAGAUAUCAAAGUUUUGAUACAGAACUGGGAGCCCAGAUCGAGGCCGGGAAGGCGGAUUUCGAACUGCUUGAGAAGAAAGCCAAGGAGUGGGGAGAACCCAAAGUUCCUUCUGCCAAGCAGGAACUUGCGGAGAUGAUUCUCCAGGCUGCAUUAUAGAAGAGAGUCGUUCAACUAAAAACCACCUUUACUCAAAAAUGCUGUCCCACCUCCGUAGUUCGUCCUCCAUGCCCUUGUUCUAGAGAAUAAUCCCUGGUGCCUUUUAGCAGCAGUACCGGGUUGUAGUGCCGAAGAGUCGAUGACACAUCUCAGCAUUAUCUUUUAUAUUUUUCCUUGUGUAGUUAGCUGAAGACUACUAUUUAGUCGAUAAUUGAUGACAUAGCUCUCUGUGAACUGAA